AGCGUUGUUGUGAAACACCGGCAGCGUUUCUAACGAAUACAAAUGAUAUUUCGGGACGUAUUAAACGUCAUUAAAGUUUAGUACUCUAACAAAAUGUGAUUUUAAUCGGAUAUUUUACUUGUGUCAGUUUUUAAAGUUUGCACCUAAAGGUUUUGGCGUUAUUAGCAAGUUAGCAGCUAGCAGUUAUUAAAGAGCUGAUUUUAGUAUCUGAUAUAAAAUAUUACAGAGGUUUAAAAGUAAAACAUAGAGACUGAUGAAGCUGUGGUGUGCUUUGUGCCGAUAGUAACUAGCAUUUUAGUAUUAGUUGAACUGCUAUCUGUCAUUGUGAGAUUUGCCGGUAUGUGCUCAUCAUCAUCAUCAUCAUCAUCAAAGCGUCACUGUUACACGCUGUAAACAUGUCAAUGUCUAAUCUUCAUAUAGAUACAGCUGUGUCAUGGCUUAGAAGAUGUUUUUUACUGAUCUGGGUUCAUCUUUUGGUCCUGUGGACACUUUUGGGAUGUCAGGUGAAUGGUUUGAAUGCUGUUGAUUUCUCAGUCCUGCCAUCUCUCAGUCGUCCUGCUAAUGUCACUCAGAUCUACUAUGGGAUCAUGUUUGAUGCUGGCAGCACAGGCACUCGUCUGCAUAUCUACACCUUCAGACACAAAUAUCCAGAUGAGUUGCCAGUGUUGGAUCAUGAAAGCUUUCAUUCUGUUAAACCUGGAUUAUCAGCCUACGCUGACACACCUGAGAUUGCUGGGCACACAAUACGUGAGUUACUGAAGGUCACUAUGAGGACAAUCCCUUCAGACAAAUGGAGGAGGACACCGCUGCUACUGAGAGCCACCGCUGGAUUUAGACUGCUGCCAACAUCCAAAGCUCAGGCACUCUUACAAGAGGUGCAAGAUGUGUUUGAUGAAUUUCCUUUUCACGUGCCCGCUGACAGCGUCCGAAUCAUGAACGGGACAAACGAAGGUGUUCUUGCGUGGGUUACAGUCAACUUUCUGACUGGUCACCUUCAUCCUAACAGACAAACAACAGUUGGAAUACUCGACUUGGGUGGAGGUUCAACUCAGAUCACUUUCCUUCCUAAGUCAAAGAAAACCAUUGAAAGUGCAGAUCCAGAUUACAUUGCAAAGUUCCGCAUGUUUAACUCAACCUACCUCCUCUAUACACACAGUUACCUUGGAAACGGAAUCAAAGCUGCUCGCCUGUGGGCUCUUGGUGCUUUAGGCUCAGAUGGUCUAGAACAGAAAAUUUUCAGAAGCUCCUGUUUACCCAAAAACUCUACCGAAAACUUUAGCUUUGGAGGUUUAGUUUACCACGUCAGCGGAACAACAGAAGGUAAAACAGGAUUUCAGAUGUGUUACCAGGAAAUGCUGAAGGUUGUGAAGGGAAUCAUUAAACAACCAUAUGAAUUAAAAAACACCUCCACUUUCUACGCUUUCUCUUAUUAUUUUGAUCAUGCGGUGGAAGCAGGACUCAUAGAUGAAGUUAAAGGUGGAGCUGUGAAGAUCCGAGAUAUUAGGAGACGAGCAAAGGAGUUGUGUAACAGACCAUCAGAUCUUAAUCCAGUCAAUCAUUUUCUGUGUAUGGAUCUCACAUACAUCACAUGUCUGCUCAUAGAUGGAUUUGGUUUUGAAGACAGCACCGUUCUGGAGCUAACCAAGAAGGUAAACGAUGUAGAAACCAGCUGGGCUUUGGGAGCCACAAUAAAUUACUUUCAAAACUUCAGGAUUCACUGAGAAACAUCCAGAACAGAUUCAUCACAGCUCACCUCAUCUUAGACUUUUAGCAGCUGUUUUACCAAACAAAACCUUUGAUGAGGAAUCCAGCAAGGACAACAACAAAGAUUACAAGUGAAGAAGAUUUCCAUCAAUCCAGCCCUUGGAUCUUCUGACACAUAAGAGAUCAGAUUAGAGAUGAAUCUAAUUGUAAGCCUUGGUUUUAAAUCAACAUCUGUUUGAGCUGAAAUGUUUUUUAUGUUUACAAAAAGCUGUCAUAAUACAAUGAGUUAUCUUACUGAAAUCUACAGGAGAUGAUAAGAGUUUACAGUAAACUACAUGAGAAAGAUUUCCUUCAA